CUUGUGCCAAAAGUUUAUAACACGAUUUGAUAGCUGACUUUUGUAAAAUGUCCAACACAUUUUUAUAUUUCGCUUACGGAAGUAAUUUACUCGCUAAAAGAAUACGGCUAAACAAUCCAACUGCAGUAAUGAGAGAUAUUGGUUAUAUAAAGAAUUUCAGGUUAGAUUUUCAAAGAUAUUCUAAACGAUGGCAUGGAGCAUCUGCAACAAUUGUGGAAACAAAUGACACAAUUGUGUGGGGUGUGGUUUGGGAAUUAGACAAGUGUAACUUAUCUACAUUAGAUUGUCAAGAAGGUGUUCAAGACAACAUAUAUCAUGCAAUGUCAGUGAAUGUUGAAACUCCUAAUGGUACAACUUUAAAUUGUAGAGUGUAUCAACAAUGUCAUAAUCCAACAGAAUAUAUAAUACCAGUAGACCUUCCAGUAGAUAGAAGACCUUCACCAUUAUAUCUAGAAAUGAUAAUAAAAGGAGCCCAAGACAACAAUCUUCCUAAUUAUUAUAUAUCAUUUUUAAAAUCUAUACCAGACAAUGAAUAUAAAGGAGAAUAUGAUAUUAGCCUUUCUCUGAUUGAAGACUGACUUCUACAAUUUUCUUAUUGUGCGAAUAUUUUUGAUAAUAUGGAUCAAGAAUCACAUGCUCUAAUGCCGCUUCUGCUGUGAUUUCGUCUAACAUACGUCGUGGAAGCUUCAUUUUAAAAAACUGUCGUUUGUUGACCUAAAUAUGUUACAUUGUAAAUAUAAUAAGUUGGUGUUGGUAA